CAGAGUUUUACAGGCGGGCAACACCAACUGAUAGCGCUGAUUGUCACUGUACAUUUUACUGGGCGCCACGCUGCAAACAACAACGCGCUGUUCCGAUGUCCCACGGCGUUCCGCGCUGUCGGGACCUGGGUCCUUGGCCGCCAACGGAAGCUGCCUGGAAGCUAGUCACGUGCCCACUGUCACUGCGAUUUUCGGCUUUCGCAUCCCACUAUACUUGCACUACAGCAAACAAACACGGAACCAAAUCAUCCGCCUUCCAAACGUUGGGAACUCGCGCCAUCUGACUACUAAGCCUAAAAAGUAACAACGAAAUUGUCCCAAAUACUUCAUAUUAUAUACCAGCCCUUCAGCUCAUAUAGCCACCAUGUCGUCUGUAGCAGAAAUCGAGGAAGAAAAGAAGAUCUACCAGGAGCAGCUUGACCUUGUUCUCGGUCAACUGCGCGAUGAUCCCGGUAAUGACGAACUAAAGGGCCUUCAGACCGAGCUGUCAAAUGUUAUCGAUAUGCUGAACGAAAACAUCGCUGAACUCCAACCGAAGAAAGCACCAAAGGAACCAUCACCUGCUCCAGAACCCGAAAAGUGGUCGCGCGAAAACCACCCAGUGUUUAAAAAAGCUGCACCGGCUACUGAAGAGAAGGACGAAGGCCCAGUAUCAUAUCAAGUAAACGACACCGUCUUAGCUAAGUGGGCGUCGGGAGACAAGGGCUUUUAUCCUGCUCGCAUCACUGCCAUUACUGGCUCCGCAACGGCACCUGUUUAUCUUGUUAAAUUCAAGAGUUACGAUAGUACCGAGACCCUACGAUCCAAGGACAUUCGACCGAUAUCCAACAAGAGAAAGGCAGAUGGUCCGCCACCCCCACCAAGCGCCCCGAUGCCCUCGGCUCCAUCAGCACCUGGCGUCGUUAGCUCUGCUGGCGCGACCGUUUAUCCCGAAGCGAAGAAUUUAGCAGAUGCCGAGAGUGCCGCCGCUAAGCCACCAAAGCCCAAGAAGAUCAAGGCUAAGAAGGAGCUAGAGGCUGGCAAGAACAAGUGGCAAGAAUUCAAUGCGAAGUCAAAGUUCGGAAAGAGUAACAAGAAAGAAAGCAUGUUCAGAACUCCACAAGGAGUGAACGGAAGAGUUGGUUUUACUGGUUCUGGCCAAGAAAUGCGCAAGGACCCAACGAGAAGCCGACAUAUCUACCAAAUGAAUGACGAUCUAGACUAAUAUGUCGUGUUUCAUGAUUAGGAUUUCACACUCACCGGCGUUUUACUAUUUUACACGGCGUUUAACACGGCUUUGCAGUUUGGAGUUUGGUUUUGCCAUUGUUUUGUCACGGUAACCCGUCUUCCGCCACAUAUAUGGAAGCUAACAUUAUGUUUCAUAUGAUAGAUCUUCGGUCCUAACAUGGCACCGAGGAACUGGACCGAUCCAUGCUAUCCCACGAAGCCGAUUGCAUAGCUCUUGUAACCCAUCCAUUGACAAAAACAAUUAGAAUAUAUUA